AUGGAUAAGACAGCCACAAUUGCACAAAAUACCAAUGCCGAUGGCACGUUUGCCAUGCCACGGCUGGGAGAUCUCCUUCGACAUCCAGAAGAUCUGGACAAGAUUGGCGGCCUGAAAGCCGAGUACUUGCGCAAGAAAACAGCCGUCGACUCACGGCUCCGUGAGGGACUUCGGGACCAGCUCGAAGCCGUACAGCGAAGUAUCGGAGCCCUAACUGAGGGCCAGCGCCAGGUAUCGAAGACGAAGGACGAAUUGGCUGGGAUCGACAAACUAUGCGCAGAGUCACAGGACAGCGUGGAGGACUUUGCGCAGAUUGACAAGUUAGCGCGGAUCCAGCGCAAUUUUGAUGCGACUUUGAUGAUGAAGAAGGGGUUGGAGAAUUUUAGCGCGGAUUUGCAAGAGGUGGAGGACCUCCUCAGGGAAGAUGAUGAUGAUCUUGAGAACCAGCCCAACCUGUUGCGGGCUCACAUGCAGAUUUCGAGGCUACGAGAUUUCAGGGAUGAGGCCCUGGAUCAGAUUCGGAAGACGCAAGAUUCUAGUGCAGAGACUACCUUGACGGAGUACUUCCAGGGACUAGACUCUGUUAUUGAUUGGUUUGAUGAUCAUCUUGGCACGGCUUGUAUGAAUUUGAUCCCAUUGGUCCAGGAGGAUAACAAAAGCAUGGUUGUUCGAUUGGCUGUUCUGGUGUUGAAUGAGGAGAAGAAUGAUGAUACCGUGCGGGCCUUGCAAGAAGCGCAAAAAGACCACAAGGACCUGGCUAGUCGCUUUAAGUCCAUGAAUAUCGGUCCCAAGACAGUUCGCGGUUACAAGGAAAAGUUCCUACAGGCGAUCGAGUUCUACGCACAGAACCAAUUCGACGAGACCAAGGAUCAAUUCCUUGGUGACCCCGAUCUUCUCGAAAAGAGUUUCCGGUGGUUCUUCAAUGAUCUGUUCACAGUCAAGCAAGGCAUGCAGAAUCUGGUCCCGAAGAAAUGGAAGAUAUACAGGACCUACACCGAUAUUUACCAUCGCAUGAUGCACGACUUCCUUGUGAAGAUGAUUGACGAUCCCGAGAUCCCUGCAGACAAUCUGCUGAAGAUCAUCCACUGGGGCGAUAAGUAUUACAAGAAAAUGAAGAAACUUGGUUGGAUGCCGAAUGAGCUUCAGCCCAACCUUCUCGAUGACCGGGAGCCGGAACUGAUUCGCCAGUGGCAGAGUGUCAUUAUCAACGCCGUCGAAGAGUGGAUGGACCGCAUUUUCGAGACCGAGAAGAAAGGACUUGUGGAGCGGCAACCAGAUGCACUGGAUACCAAUGCAGAAGGCGUCUUCCGCACCAAGACACUGGCAGACAUGUGGCGUAUGCUUCAUGAACAGGUUGUCGCUGCAGGUGCAUCCGAAAGGCCCGAUGUAGUCGAAGGUGUUAUCGAUGCUAUGUUCCGUUCCCUGCGGGCCCGACAGAGCGCAUGGCAAAACCUGAUCGACGAAGAAUGCGCCAAGUCCAAGUCAGCAGGCGCGGAGAUGGCUGAAGGAAUUCAGCUGCUGCAGGACUGGCUGGUCGGCGUGGCUAGUGAUCAGAUUGCCUGCAUCGAUGACAAUGAAGAGACAGGCCAGAUGGGCUACUUGUCAAGAUUCAAGCGCGACUUCGAGCCACUAGUGACACCCAAGUACAUGGCUACGCGGGCAAACGAGGAGCUAGAUACACUGCGCGACGGCUACGUGGAUCUGAGCACACACUGCCUGGCGCAGUUUGUACAGGUGGUGUUCACUGUGGAUCUCGCCACUGUUAUCCCAGACCUGUUCACCCCGAAGUGGUACGGCGAAUACGCCAUCAAGCGGAUAACAUCCACAUUCGAAGAUUAUAUGACCGACUACACUCCCGUGCUCCACCCCUCCCUCGUCGACAUCCUUGUCGAAGAACUUUCCGACGAGCUACUAGUCCGCUACCUAUCCUCGGUCCGCAACAAGAACGUCAAGUUCCGCCGCAAUGCAGACCCCUUCACAGACAAAUUCAAAGACGAUGUUCUCACUGUCUUUGCCUUCUUCCAGAAAUACGAGGACUCCUUCGAAGGAACCAUCAAGCAAAAAUGGCGUCUCGUGGAUUGGCUGGUCCGCCUACUUGAAGCCGAGAAGGGCCAGGGAGUCGUCAAUGUCUACGAGUCCUUCAAGCUUGAGUACUGGGAUCUCCAGCUCUCCUGGGUCGAGGCUGUCCUGCGUACCCGUGAUGACUUUGAGCGGAGCAUGAUCAGCGGUAUCAAGGCCAAGGCUGCUGAGUUGUCCGUUGAAAGAGGCAUAGAGACUAUCAUGAGCCGAUUGAGGUGA